AUGCAUCGGACUCCGCUAGCGUGGCCGCCCCUCCACUCUAAUCUCGCUUGGCUCAAGGCUCUCGUCCCCAUGGCGGAUUAUCGGAUCCUAUGGCUCAUCGCCAUUCUUCUCGUCUUUACCGCGGCCAGCAUACUCCUCGUGUUUAGGGCAAGAAGGCGACCCAGAAUCAGCAAGCCUCUGAUCACAAACACUGUCGCAACGAGUCGAUCGGAUCUUCAAGAGGCUUAUCCCUUAUCUAUAGAGAGUCCGACCGUGCCUGACAAGCAAACUACCGGACAAAUUGAUCAGGGACAACGCAAAUCGGUUGAACCAGAUUCCAAGCGUUACUCCAAGUUCGCCAUGGGUGUCUUCUUGUUUUUACCAUGCACUCUGCUGGUCCUCAUUCAUUUCCGACUUGUGACGGCCAUUCAAGAUCACUAUCGAUCACUCGAGAAUCCUUUGCUGCAGUCAAAGGGCUCGUCGGGCCUACAGGAGGUCUUCCAAGUAUACCAGCCGGUGUCACUCUCCCCCAAAGAUGCCGGUGGAGAAGCCGGUAGCUGUGAUUUGGAAGUCUUGCUUAUGGACCAUGUUUUCGGGUCCAGUUACGGGAAGCCUUUCGUCGGCAAUUACACGCCACCAGACUGUGAUUUCGACACCGUCCGCAUCAAUUUCACGGUCACUUCUCGAGGAAAGCAGUACGACCGCCUAGCUCUCAUGUACAUCGGCGAUGUGGAGGUGUUCCGGACUUCAACCGCCGAACCAACGACCGCCGGCAUAGUGUGGACGUAUAUCAAAGAGAUGUCGCAAUACAACACCCUCUGGAAACAACCGCAAACGCUGAUUUUCGAUCUCGGAAACAUCAUGAAUGAUGUCUAUACGGGAUCGUUCAACGCUACCCUGACAGCUCAUUUUUCCCUCCAAAAUAACGAAAACAAUGCGCGAGCUGCGGACCUUAUCCUCCCCAUUUCAGCCAGGAAAUCCGCAUCGAACUCAGCGAGCGCUUUUUCAGUCCCGGCUGAUAAUACAACAGUCAAUCACAAGAUUCCAUCCAGCGCAUCGCGAGCCGUCGUGUCGAUAUCCGCCUGCGGUCAAUCCGAAGAAGAAUUCUGGUGGUCUAAUGUGUUCUCCGAUGAUACGACGAGUUUUGAAAACACCGUGGGCAAGCUUUAUGGAUACUCGCCUUUUCGGGAAGUUCAGCUCUAUAUUGAUGGAGUACUAGCUGGUGUUGUUUGGCCCUUUCCUAUUAUUUUUACGGGAGGUGUGGCGCCGGGAUUUUGGAGGCCGAUUGUGGGUGCGGAUGCCUUUGAUCUGAGACAGAGUGAGAUUGAUAUCUCGCCCUUUUUGCCUUUGCUCCGUGACGAUCAGGGUCAUUCUUUUGAAAUUAGAGUGUCUGGUCUAAAUGUUCUGUCGAAUGGGACUGCUGUUCUUUCGGACAUUGUGGGAUCUUACUGGGUUGUUACGGGGAACAUCUUUCUAUACAUGGACGGAGCAGAUGAGUCCUCGUCCCCGAAUCGAGCCUCUGAGUCUGAGGAGGUUGAAAUUGAGGCGGUGCAGAUUACAGCACCAGAUCCAAUCUUCACCAUCACCCGAAUAUUAACAAAGAACGAAACCGGGGCCAACGAUACAUUGGAAUAUUCCGUCCUCGCGGAGAGAACAUUUACAACCCGCUCAUCGAAGUUUUCCUGGUCCCAGAAACUCACUUUCUCGAACAAUGGCUUCUUCAACCAACAAGGCCGCAGCCAGGUCAACAAGCAACUCACGUCAGGAAAAUCCACAAUUACCGACCUCCAAAACGAGCAGUCAAACAAAACUACCUUCCGGUAUCCAGUCCUAGUGAACACAACCUACGCAAACACAGACGACUCCAUAACAAUUGACGCAUGGAUGAAACGAGGCCUGGAAAUCGAUUCUUCCGGAAGUGCAGCACUAUCAACGUACACACUUGCCUCGGGGUCUGGCCCAUACCACCUCUACACCUCACAAUCCGGAAAAGCGCGAUACAAAUCCACCAGCACCGGUUCCUCAUCACUAGGAAAUACAGCGGACGAAUAUCAAAGCACCGCCAAUGGCGAGUCGUACUCCCGUUCCGUCAGAGCUGUUAAUGGCGAAGUGGUUUAUGAUACUCACCCGGUCAACAAGGCUUCGUCGGUCCCGUUUCAGAGUCUGGGGUCGAGUUCUUUUGGGAGGGAUAGUGUUAGGAGUAUCCUUGGUCGAGGUCCGGGUGAGAUCCGGAAUUGA